AUGCCGAGGCCUACCCGACGGCAUCCCCGCCAACCGGACCGGGGCGAGACCGGGGUCGGAGCUGGGGAGCCAAGUGGCGUCCUCGAUGAUGCCGGAACCGUGCUCCAACAACACUUUCCCGCAACGACAGCUACCAUUCGUCAGAAGCUGACCAUGGGCAAUCCAUCAAUUGGGGUAUCGUUCCGGAUAGUCUCGCGCGCUGCGCGGUGCCGUGCGGUGCCGUCUCGUCUCACGAGCGCAGGGCGGCGCUGUUACUCGUCGGUGCCGAGCAGCAAAUUGCCGCUUGAUGGGUAUCGAGUGCUGGACAUGACGAGAGUCUUGGCCGGGCCGUACUGCACCCAAAUCCUGGGAGACCUCGGCGCCGAGGUGAUCAAGGUCGAGCAUCCCGUACGGGGUGACGACACCCGAGCUUGGGGCCCGCCUUACGCGGCCUACAAAGCCGACUCGUCCAAAGAGGGACCCGGCGAGUCCGCCUACUUCCUGGCCGUCAACCGCAACAAAAAGUCGUUGGGGCUGAACUUCCAGCACCCGGACGGCACCGAGAUCCUCCACGGGCUCGUGUCCAAGUGCGACAUCCUCGUCGAGAACUACCUCCCGGGGACCCUGAGGAAGUACGGGAUGGACUACGAGACCCUGCGCGCCAUCAACCCGGGGCUCAUCUACACCUCCAUCACGGGCUACGGCCAGACGGGCCCGUACUCGGACCGCGCCGGCUACGACGUCAUGGUCGAGGCCGAGUUCGGCCUCAUGCACAUCACCGGCAGCCGCGACGGCGAGCCCGUCAAGGUCGGGGUCGCCGUGACGGACCUGACGACGGGGCUGUACACGAGCAACAGCAUCAUGGCCGCGCUGCUGGCGCGGGCGAGGACCGGGAAAGGGCAGCACAUUGACGUGGCGUUGAGCGACUGCCAGACGGCGACGCUGGCCAACAUUGCCAGCAGCUGCUUGAUCAGCGGCAAGAAGGACUCGGGACGGUGGGGCACCGCGCACCCGUCGAUCGUGCCGUACAAGUCCUUCAAGACCAAAGACGGCGACAUCCUCUUCGGCGGCGGCAACGACCGGCUCUACGGGAUCCUCUGCGAGGGCCUCGGGCGGCCGGAGUGGAGGGACGACGCCAAGUACCGGACCAACGCGCAGCGGGUGGCCAACCGGGUCGAGCUCGAGGCGCUGAUCGAGGCGGUGACGGUGACGAGGACGACGGCGGAGUGGCUGGCGGUGUUCGAGGGCCGGGGCAUGCCGUACGCGGCGGUGAACGACGUGCAGGGCGCGCUGGGCCACGAGCACACGCUGGCGAGGGGCAUGGUGGUAGAGAUGGAGCACGGGGAGUGCGGGCCGAUCAGGAUGGUCAACACGCCGGUCAAGUACUCGGACAGCGAGCCGAGGAUCCGGACGGCGCCGCCGACGCUGGGGCAGCACACGAGCGAGGUGCUGGGGGAGCACCUGGGGCUAUCGGAGGAGCGCAUCAGGUCGUUGAAGGGCAGCGGGGUGCUGGGGUAG